CAAAUUCCGAAGUGUCUCGUGACGUGCCAGUGAGGAAGCAGCCGACUCAGCUGACGUUGGCAGCAUCCAUCAUUCAGCAGAGAUGGCCGGCCCUGGCCUGGCAAAGAGGCGGCUGCCUGCUCAGCUGCUGCUCCUCUGGAUGCUGACAAGUGUCUCUGAGUCCAGGCUGUACCUGUUGGCUCCAGUUUCUGUCACGCUUGAGAAGAACUCUGAGGCCAACGUCACCCUAACUCCCAGUUCCCCUCUUAACCAGUCGGCCGUGAUUACGUUCAAUGUGGUCUUCAGCUCCAAGUUGAACUACACCUCUGUCAUCACCGUGCCUGAGCAGGUGUUGCUGCCAGUGGACGCGGCCUCUGUCAGUUUCAAUGUGGCGGCCCACGAUGUCGGUCAGGUGACCACGUACCUGCUGAGCAACAACACGGCCCUCAACAGUUCGGACGUCAGGAUCCACUUCCUAGUCGUCCACAGCAGCGUCCUGUUGGUGAUCGUCCAGGUGAUUGGCUGGAUUUACUUUCUGGCCUGGUCGGUGUCCUUCUAUCCACAGGUCUGGGAAAACUACAGGAGGAGGAGUGUUGUAGGUCUUAACUUUGACUUCCUGGCUCUCAACCUCAUGGGCUUCAUCGCCUACAGUGUCUUCAAUGUAGGACUGUUCUGGGUGCCUUAUAUAAAGGAGGAGUUCCUGGCGAUCAACCCGAAUGGCAUUAACCCCGUCAGCGCUAACGAUGUCUUCUUCAGUCUCCACGCUGUCCUGCUGUGUUUGGUCUACAUCAGCCAGGCUGCUGUGUUUGAGAGGGGGGGUCAAAAGAUCUCCCGUACGGCCGUGUUCCUGUUGGUGAUUGGCUGGACCUUUGCCUUGGUCAGCUUGUUUCUGGCUGUAGCCAAACAGAUCACCUGGUUGGAUUACCUUUACUAUUUCUCCUACAUUAAGCUAGCUGUCACUCUGGUCAAAUAUGUGCCACAGGCGUACAUGAACUACACGAAGCAGAGCACUGAAGGGUGGAGUAUAGGCAACGUGUUGCUGGACUUCACCGGGGGCAACCUCAGUAUUCUACAGAUGCUCUUACAGUCUUACAACAAUGACGAGUGGAGGCUGAUUUUUGGCGAUCCCACAAAGUUUGGCCUGGGUGUGCUCUCUGUGGUGUUCGAUAUCCUGUUCAUGACUCAGCACUAUUGUCUCUACACACAGCCGCCACAGUAUCAAACAGUUCCAGGGGAAGCAGAUGACUCUUGAUAGUCUGUAAACGCACAAUCACGGACGAUUUCUAUCGGCCUCCAAGAAGGAGCACACAAUGAAUGAUUCGAUCUGCUCCAGAGAAGUCAAGUGGGAGUCAUCUCUGACCUGCAUCCUGAUAGGAUGCAGCGUUCGCUCGAGCAGGAUUCACACGGAGCUGCUUUAAGUUCCGGGUGCUGCCAUCUUAAACAUCUCAGGAUCAGCACCUUUUUCCUCUUUCUUUUUACCACUGUAUGAAAAUAUUUGAUAGGUGUAAAAAGCAGAUGUAAUGACUGUGUAAACACUUUUUAAGAAAUGCAAUGUCAAAAUUUAAUUCAAGGGGCCUUUCUCAUGUCACAGUUUGUACAACCUCGAUUCCUUUCCUCGUCUCAGUCCCGCCCACCUGAGAUGCGAGUAGGAAGGUGAAGGGAGGGGAUGUUUGAUCAAAUCAGACAUCCUUGCUCUUAUUAUUGCUGCGAGUGUGUUGGUGGGAUCUGGAACCUUUUUAACGGCACUAAGUGUACCUCGUAGUUCGGGCUAGACAUGUUUUUGAUUAUCAUUUUUCAAUCAACUAUUUUGUCACUUUAUCACAUUAUAAUAAAACUCAAUCAACACUUCAUAAACUAUCGUCUGCAUAUUCUUAUCAGAAUAUAAUCGGCAUAUAAACCAUAACAGCGUAAAGGGAUAUGAGACAUUGUUAGUGUGAGAAUGUAUUUAAUUCAGCAACAAACGGACGGUUUAGUAGCUUUGUACUCUGACAAUCUGUUGGUUUUAUAUUCCAACCUUGUUAAAGUAAUACUAUGAACCGGGUUGUUUAUAUUAUGAAAUAAAGUAAUACUAUGAACCGGGUUGUUUAUAUUAUCAAUAAAGUAUUACUAUGAACUGGGUUGUUUAUAUUAUCAAUAAAGUAAUACUAUGAACCGGGUUGUUUGUUAUUAAUAAAGUAAUACUUUUUAAA